UCCCGACAGUAUCUUGGUCCAUCCACAGAAUAAUCUAUACGUACCGAACUUUUCUAUCUGUGAGAAUCUGAGAUGGCUGCUGCCUGCGUCGAACCAUGGGAAAGAAGGGACCAAGAGCCCUUUCGAUUUUACAUAUAAGCCCAUCCCUCGCUCCUACCAGAUGUUCUCUCAUACCUUGCACUUACCAAGUAUAAGAAAUACUGAUCAACUUGCAAAUCACCAUCACCAGUUACCAAAAGCAGCUUUACAAGUUUAGUAUUAUCAGCCAUGUCCCAUGUAAGUACCCGUACAAGCUCUGCGCUCCCAAAGUCAACUAUUACAAGUAAUGCGGCAGUUACUAACUGUGUGAAGAACGUCAGCGUUUCAACGCCAAGCUACCCCAGCACGAAUGUGCCCAGUGGUCAAAUCCAAGAGACCAAGGAGUAUGAAGUAGACAUCAUCGCCAAGAACGGCCUUGAUGAGGUACAAAAAGACGAACAGGACAUUGACGAUCUCAUCGAAGAGUUACAGUCUGAGAAUGGCGACGUCGAUGAAGAAGAAGAGCAAGACGAGCAGCCAGGUAGUGCCCGUAUUAUAUCUGAAGACCAUCUCCAGACGGACUCACGCCAUGGUCUUACUAACAGUGAAGUAUCGGUCCGCCGUAAGAAGUACGGUCUUAACCAGAUGAAAGAAGUGAGGGAAAACCUGUGGAUCAAGUUUCUAAUGUUCUUCGUCGGCCCUAUCCAGUUCGUCAUGGAGGCUGCUGCCAUACUAGCUGCCUGCCUCCGGGAUUGGGUUGACCUUGGCGUCAUCUGUGGUCUACUGUUGCUCAACGCUUGUGUUGGCUUCAUCCAGGAGUACCAGGCAGGGUCUAUCGUCGAAGAGCUCAAGAAGACGUUGGCUCUCAAAGCUACUGUCCUCCGCGAGGGCGCUCUUGUCGAGAUCGAAGCUUUCGACGUCGUCCCUGGCGAUCUUCUUCAGGUACAAGAGGGCACCAUUGUCCCCGCUGAUGGCCGCAUCGUAACGGAAGGCACCUUUCUUCAGGUCGAUCAGUCUUCUAUCACUGGUGAGUCACUUGCCGUUGACAAACACAGGGGCGACACUUGUUAUGCUUCAUCCUCGGUAAAGCGAGGUGAAGCCUUUAUCAUCGUCACUGCUACUGGGGACUCGACCUUUGUUGGACGCGCUGCCUCUCUCGUCGCCGGUGCCUCGGCUGGGUCUGGCCACUUUACCCAGGUCCUCCGUGGCAUUGGUACGGUUCUCCUAGUUCUGGUCAUGGCCACGCUCCUCGUUGUCUGGACCAGCUCCUACUACCGCUCCAACAAGAUCGUCCAGAUUCUGGAAUUCACGCUUGCCAUCACCAUCGUCGGCGUUCCUGUGGGUCUUCCUGCCGUUGUCACCACGACGAUGGCUGUUGGUGCCGCCUUCCUCGCCAAGAAGAAAGCCAUCGUCCAGAAGCUCUCAGCUAUCGAAUCCCUCGCUGGCGUUGAGAUUCUCUGCUCCGACAAGACCGGUACACUCACCAAGAACAAGCUCUCUCUAGCCGAACCCUACACUGUAGAUGGCGUUGAUUCUGAUGAUCUCAUGCUCACUGCCUGUCUCGCGGCCCAUCGCAAGAAGAAAGGAAUCGACGCCAUCGACAAGGCUUUCCUCAAGGCGUUGAAGGAUUACCCGCGUGCUAAGGAAGCUCUCAGUAAAUUCACAGUUCUCAAGUUCACCCCUUUCGAUCCAGUUUCCAAGAAGGUCCAGGCUAUUGUUCAAUCUCCGAACGGCGAGCAGAUCGUGUGUGUCAAGGGAGCUCCUCUCUUCAUCCUCAAAACGGUCGAAGAAGAUCAUCCCCUUCCCAAGGCUAUCAAAGAGGCAUAUGAAGCUAAGGUCGCGGACUUCGCUGGUCGGGGGUACCGUGCACUCGGCGUCGCCCGCAAGCGAGGUAAUGACUCUUGGGAAAUCCUAGGCAUCAUGCCUUGCUCUGAUCCUCCUCGCCACGAUACUCACCGCACUAUCAACGAAGCAAAGGCUCUUGGCCUGUCCAUCAAGAUGCUGACUGGCGAUGCCGUUGGUAUUGCUCGCGAGACGUCCCGCCAACUUGGUCUCGGCACCAACAUCUUCGAUGCUGAGCGUCUCGGCCUUGGUGAGGGGUAUAGUGAGAUGUCUGGCUCUGAGGUGUACGAUUUUGUCCAGGCUGCUGAUGGUUUUGCUGAAGUGUUUCCUCAACACAAGUAUGACGUCGUAGACAUCCUACAACAGCGUGGAUACCUUGUUGCCAUGACAGGUGACGGCGUCAACGAUGCUCCUUCCCUAAAGAAGUCGGACUGCGGUAUUGCCGUCGAGGGCUCUUCUGAUGCUGCUCGCUCCGCUGCUGACAUUGUGUUUCUUGCUCCUGGACUCUCUGCUAUCAUCGACGCAAUCAAAACCUCUCGUCAAAUCUUCCAUCGCAUGUACGCCUACGUUGUAUACCGCAUCGCCUUAUCUCUCCAUCUGGAGAUCUUCUUGGGCCUCUGGAUUGCCGUUCUGAACGAGUCGCUGAACCUUCAGCUAAUCGUCUUCAUCGCCAUCUUUGCCGACAUCGCCACGCUGGCCAUUGCGUACGACAAUGCGCCAUAUUCUCAGACUCCUGUCAAAUGGAACCUACCUAAGCUCUGGGGCACCUCCAUUCUGCUCGGCAUGAUCCUUGCCAUCGGUACCUGGAUUACUCUGACUACCACGUUUAUGUACAAGGCGGGCGACUCCCAGGGUGUCGGUGGUGGUAUCGUGCAGAACUUCGGCGUUCGAGACCCAAUCCUCUUCCUCGAGAUAGCGCUUACUGAGAACUGGCUGAUCUUCAUCACACGUGCCAACGGCCCCUUUUGGUCCACGAGGCCAUCUUGGCAGCUGGUCAGCGCUAUUUUGACUGUCGACAUCAUCGCUACCCUCUUUACCUAUUUUGGGUGGUUUGUAGGUGGUAAGACGGAUAUUGUCACGAUCGUGCGGGUCUGGGUCUUCUCCUUCGGUGUCUUCUGCGUCAUGGCCGGCGUAUACUAUCUUGUCGACGGCAGCAAGAGUUUCGACAACGUUAUGAAUGGCAAGUCGCUUAAGAAGGAAAAGAAGGGGAGAUUCCUUGAUGACUUUGUUGUCGCUCUCCAACGGGUGUCGACGCAGCACGUCAAGUCGUCAUGACCUUCGCUUUAACAUGGGUUUUCUGAUAAUGUUGAUUUUCUGGUAGGAUAAAAGUGCUUUUGACAAGGUUGGUUCGAGCGUGUCGGUGUUAUAUAUUUUGGGUUCCUCUGAGUAUCAUGUAUUUCCAACGUUAGUCUCAAUCGGCGUGAAGGAGUCUGAAAGGGCGUAAAGGUUCAUAAU